AUGGUUUUUGUCACCAUAUUCCACCUGAUAGCAGCCGCAACCUUUGCGAUCUCAUCUGCACAAUCUCCCCUAUCGCGUGCUUGGGAAGAAACUUUUCCUGGACAAACACCGUUUUGGGAAAAAUAUAAUACUGGUCCACAUGGAGUCGUUAUUCGUGGUUGGCAGUUUAGUCGCUGUGCUAGUGAACAGUGGACGAAGUAUGUUGUUAAUGUAUCAAAUAUUGUUAUUUGGCCUGACUAUCCCAGGUUUCCUGGGCCAAUCUUUUUCAACGUUACUAUGGAUGUCAACGAAGAUCUUCCAAAUGAAAAGAUUGAAAUGGACCUUGAGGUUCGGCAUGCAGUGACAAAUAAACAAGGUUCUAAGGGAUGGCAAGUAAUCCCCUGCCAAGGGUGGAAUAUUAUUGAUGGAUGCGACGGAGUUGGGUCUUGUCGUUACUGCGAUAUGUUAGAGAAAUGCCGUGAUACAGUCAAAUCUGCAGAUAAAUAUCUAACAGAUCGUAAAGCUCAAGAAUUUUUACGUGACAACAGAUUAUGUCCACCACCAAAAGGUCAUUGGACGAUGACGUUUAGCAAAGUUUUCACUAUCGAAGAUCUUCCUAAAAGUUUCUUUGGACCGUUGCAAUCUAACGAAUAUUGGUUAACGUUCUCGUUUACUGACGGUAAAGGCAAACAGUUAGGUUGUGCUCGUUUAUGGGUUGAUGUCUGUAAAUACCACUUACAGGAUAAGCAGCAGAAAUGUUUACGGGAUCCAAAUGCAUUUAAAAACUUUAUUAAUGAAAUUAGCAGUCAAGCAGCACAGAUCCGAAACCGUGGUGGCUGA